GUCAUUUCCAAGCUGAACCAUUACCAAACGACUCUUUCACUCCUCACUCUCUCUGGUUCCUCCGCCACAACCCUACCAACCCAACUCCCCCAUGGACUCCGAUUACGGCAUUCCCCGCCAACUCUCCGAUCUUCAGAAAUUCCGCUCUCUCUACCAACCACUGCUUCCUCCCUGCCUCCAGGGAACAGAAGUUAGGGUUGAAUUUGGUGAUGCCACUACAGCUGUGGAUCCUGCUGAUGCUCCCACCAUUAGUCGGGCCUUUCCCCACACGUACGGUCAGCCAUUGGCUCACUUUCUCAGGGCAACUGCCAAAGUCCCAGAUGCUCAGAUUAUUACUGAACAUCCAUCAAUCCGGGUGGGAAUAGUAUUUUGUGGAAGGCAAUCCCCUGGAGGCCAUAACGUUAUAUGGGGACUUCAUAACGCUCUCAAAGUCCACAACCCGAAUAGUGUAUUGCUUGGAUUUUUGGGUGGCUCUGAAGGUUUAUUUUCCCAGAAAACUCUUGAGAUAACCGAAGACGUUCUUUCAACGUACAAAAAUCAAGGUGGUUAUGAUCUACUUGGACGGACCAAGGAUCAAAUUCGAACAAAAGAGCAGGUUAAUGCUGCACUUAAGACAUGCCUAGAUCUGAAACUGGAUGGUCUUGUCAUAAUUGGAGGAGUGACAUCAAACACUGAUGCUGCUCAGCUUGCCGAAACAUUUGCUGAAUCCAAAUGUCCCACAAAGGUUGUAGGUGUUCCUGUUACGUUGAAUGGAGAUCUCAAGAACCAGUUCGUUGAAACAAAUGUUGGCUUUGACACCAUUUGCAAGGUCAAUUCUCAGCUAAUAAGCAAUGUAUGCACUGACGCCCUGUCUGCAGAGAAGUACUACUAUUUCAUUAGACUCAUGGGCCGGAAAGCAUCCCAUGUUGCUUUGGAGUGCACUCUUCAAUCUCAUCCAAAUUUGGUUAUUCUUGGAGAGGAGGUGGCUGCAUCAAAACUUACUCUUUUUGAUUUGACGACACAGAUAUGUGAUGCUGUUCAGGCUAGAGCACAACAAGACAAGUACCAUGGGGUCAUCUUACUACCCGAAGGGCUCAUUGAAAGUAUUCCUGAAAUCUAUGCUCUCUUGAAGGAAAUUCACAGUUUACUCAAGCAAGGAGUUCUGGUUGAUAACAUUUCUUCCCAACUCUCUCCUUGGGCAUCAGCGCUUUUUGAAUUUCUGCCACCUUUUAUCAGGAAGCAGUUGCUACUUGACCCGGAAUCAGAUGAUUCUGCUCAACUAUCUCAGAUUGAGACAGAGAAACUUUUGGCACAUCUUGUGGAGGCUGAAAUUAACAAGCGUCUGAAAGAAGGGACUUACAAGGGGAAGAAAUUCAAUGCCAUUUGUCACUUCUUUGGUUACCAGGCUCGGGGAUCUUUACCUUCAAAAUUUGAUUGUGACUAUGCCUAUGUUCUUGGGCAUGUUUGCUACCAUAUCUUAGCUGCUGGCUUGAACGGUUACAUGGCUACUCUAACUAACCUGAAAAAUCCAGUGAACAAAUGGCGCUGUGGUGCUGCCCCGAUUGCAUCCAUGAUGACUGUGAAGCGUUGGGCUCAAAAUCCUGGAGCGUCAUCCAUUGGAAAACCUGCAAUUCACCCAGCAACUGUAGAUUUGAAAGGGAAAGCAUACGAGCUAUUGAGAGAAAAUGCGAGCAAGUUUCUUAUAGACGAUCUCUAUAGAAACCCUGGACCUCUUCAGUUUGAUGGUCCUGGUGCUGAUGCCAAGCCUAUCUCUCUUUGCGUUGAGGACCAGGAUUACAUGGGCCGCAUCAAGAAACUACAGGAAUAUCUUGAUAAGGUCCGAACCAUAGUAAAACCAGGGUGUUCCCAGGAGGUUCUUAAAGCAGCAUUAAGCGUCAUGGGAUCGGUGACCGAUGUUCUCUCAGUUAUGUCAUCGAGUUCCUUCAGUGGAAAGGCAUCUUUGGAAGCGUAGUGAACUUAUUUUAUGUGAUGCUCUUCCGGUGACAAUGUGAUUUUCUUUAACCUUGUUUACUUCAGCUGGCAGAAUUGGGUAGAGGAUAACUACUGAUGAGUUUUCAAUUUAUGGUGUAACAUUUUUCUGCAUUUUUCUGUAAUAAGUACCACAGAGGCAUGUUUCGCAGUUUUGGGAGAAUGUGAACAUUUUCUUAUCAUUUUCAUAUUUAGUCUACAGUAGCUAUCAUUCAUCUGGUUUGUUCCCGAAUGCGCUACUGUGUGGUAAUUCGACUCG